AUGAUCGCGACCAACAUGAUCAAGGAUGUGCGAGUCCCUCUCAAGUCGGGUGGAGCAACUACAUGUCGAGGAUGUCAACAAGGGAAAAUGGUCCAAAAACCAUUUCCAAGCAACCGAGACAAGCGCAGCUACGAUACGUUUGUGCUGCUUCAUCUGGACAUCUGCGGGCCCAUGGAAAAGGAUUCGCUCGGUGGCAGCAAAUAUUUGCUGCUGAUCAUCGACGAAGCCAGUGGAUGCAUGAAGGGAUUUUGUCUACGAGUGAAGUCCGAGAGUGAAGACUACAUCCGGAAAUAUAUCACCAUGGUACAGACGCAAUUCUGUAAGAAGGUCAAGUUCGUGCGACACGACGGAGCUCGCGAGUUUGCAACCAACUCGCUUCAACUGUUCUACGAAGACGAAGGCAUUGAACAGCAGACAACGGUGCCGUAUGCACAUCAAACAAACGGAACAGCAGAGCGUGCCAUUAGGACUAUUGUCACGAUCGGCCGCAGCAUGCUUCAUCAUGCCAAACUGGACAAGUGUUUCUGGGACGAAGCAGCGAUGACGGCCAUCUACGUCAAGAAUCGACUGCCGUCACCUAAAGUCGUGCACAAGACCCCGUUUGAGAUCGUCUACAACUUGAAACCAAGCGUCAAGCACAUGCGAACAUUCGGAUGUCAGACGUACAUACUGACGCCUAAAGAGAAUCGACUCAAGUGGGAUCCAAAGGCUCGCGCUGGCAUAUUCGUGGGCUACGAAGAAGUUUCGAAGGCAUAUCGUGUUUAUGACAUCGAGGCGGGGCAGUUGGUUAUCAGCCGCGAUGUCAACUUCGACGAGUCCACCUUUGGACUUCAACUGCCGAUCACUGAUGAAGAUGUCGAUGACCUGGACUUCGAAUUGCUGGAUCUUGAUGACGAAGAGCUGCGUCAAAUGGAGUACAAGCAAACAGGCAAGCGCAAGAACCGACUCAAUGAUGAAGAUACAGCAGCUCCACGACCGCGUGCAGUGCGUCAACGACCAGGACUAGAAGAGUCAAGCGCGCCGGAAAACAACUCGUCACGCCAAGAAGAAGACGAAGAAACGAAGGAUUCUGGUGAUUCAACACCGCCUGUGUUUUGGCGUGCGAGUGCAAAUGCCGUUGAAGCAGCAGUGGACUUAUCAGAGCCCUCAACAUUUGAAGCAGCAGUAAGCGGCCCUGACCAAGUGCACUGGAGAAAAGCAAUUCAUGCAGAGCUCGAGUCAAUGCGACUUCGCGGUGUGUUUCGUGAAGCCAAGCUGCCCAACGGACAACGCGCCAUUGGCACAAAGUGGGUCUUCAAGAUCAAGCGCAAGGCGGAUGGGUCGAUCGAGAAAUACAAGGCACGACUUGUGGCCAAGGGUUUUCGCCAAAAGAAGUAUGGCAUCGACUACAACGGAGACGUUCUCGCCCGUGGUCAACUCGAUGUGGUGACUGCGUUCCUGUAUGGAGUGAUGAAGGAGAAGGUGUUCUGCGCUGUUCCGGAAGGCGUCAAGAUGGAAGGUGAUUUUGACUGUCUCGAGCUGAUCAAGGCGAUCUACGGUCUCAAGCAAGCCUCGCGUGUUUGGAACGAGACCUUCGACGAGUUCAUACGCUCGAUUGGUUUUCAAGCGUCGGGAUUCGAUCCAUGUCUCUACAUCAUGACUUCGGAAGGCCAUUGUGUUUUUGUGCUGGUCUACGUGGACGAUGUCUUGGUGACUGGAAGCUCGCUCGAGAUGAUUGCGCGCACCAAGAACGACCUCAAGACACGCUUCGAGAUGACGGACAGCGGCAAGUGUGCCUUUGUUCUUGGGAUCGAGUUAUUGGACGGUGAAGAUGGCAGCGUGACUAUGUGUCAGCGCCGUUAUGUCGACGAUGUCCUCAAGCGCUUUGGAAUGGAUGAGUGCAAGGCUGUGGCAAGUCCGGUGGACGUCAGCUCUCGACUGGUUCCGAGCAACUCUGCAAGCAAGGUGGAUGUCCCAUUCCGUGAAGCAGUGGGUGCUUUGAUGCAUCUGACGACUGCAACGCGACCGGACAUCGCCUAUGCUGUAAGCUUUGUGUCACGGUUCAUGGAGAAACCCCAAGAAGAACACUGGGUUGCAGUCAAGCGCAUCUUCCGCUACCUACAAGGCACCAAGAUGCAUGGAAUCUGCUACAAGCCAAGUGCGAAGAUCGACUUUCGUGGCUAUUCAGAUGCAGACUGGGACGGUGACCUUGCUGAUCGCAAAUCGACGUCCGGCUACGUCUUCAUGCUAUUGGGUGCUCCGGUGAGUUGGGGCAGCAAGAAACAGCCAAGUGUGUCACUGUCUACAAGCGAAGCGGAGUACAUCGCGCUCAGCCUGGCGAUCCAAGAAGGCAAGUGGAUCAAUCGCUUGCUGUGCGAGAUCAUGGCGGCUGCAAACGAAGAAGGACCCGAGCUCGUCAUCCGUGAAGACAACCAGUCGUGCAUCAAGAUGACGAAGAAUCCGGUCAACCACGGCCGCGCUAAACACAUCGACAUCAAGUACCAUCACAUCCGUGAUGAAGUCAAGCGCGGCGAAGUGAAGCUUGAAUACUGCGAGACGACGUUGAUGUUGGCGGACAUCAUGACGAAGGGACUUCACGGACCGCGUCACAAGGACUUGACGGCGGCGCUUGACAUCCGUGCGUGUUCGGAUUGA